CACACUGACCGGGAGACAGCCUAUGAGUAGAGAGUAGCUCUUUAGGCAGUAAUUUGGUUGGAACCAUAUAUGGAGGGGCAAUUUGGUUGGGGCACUUUAGAAAAUGGUUGGAGGAAAGGUCCAUGGACUGCCCAAGAAGAUGAGAUCCUCAUUGAGCAUGUGAACCAACAUGGUGAAGGAAGAUGGAACUGUGUCUCCAAGUUAACAGGACUUCGACGAAAUGGCAAGAGUUGUAGGCUAAGGUGGGUGAACUACCUGAGGCCUGAUCUCAAAAGAGGGAAAAUUACUCCUCAUGAGGAGAAUAUCAUUCUUGAGCUGCAUGCUUUGUGGGGAAACAGGUGGUCCACCAUUGCUCGGAGCCUUCCCGGGAGGACCGACAAUGAGAUCAAGAACUACUGGAGGACUCAUUUCAAGAAGAGCAAGCCCUUGAAGAAUAUCGAGAAGGCGAGAGCUCGGUUUCUGAAACAGCAAGAAGAGCAACAGAAGAGUGAAGAGGAGCAACACCAAGAGGAGCAGCAGCAAGAGGAUAUGAGAGGGAUCAUGACCCAAGUAGAGGAAGCAACCCUUGCACAGGACAUGCAGGAGAUGAACUACAUGUGCCCCCUAAACUAUAUGCUUCAAGGGGAUGGUUGUUUUGGUGGUGGGUGUGGUGGUCGUAGUGGCUCUAUAAGCGAUGGUUCGAGCGAAGAAGAGAUGUGGGGGAGCCUGUGGAAUCUUGAUGACAUACAUGAUGAUCGAGAGGGCAUACGCUGUGGUGCUCUAACAAUGCAAGAUCAAGUGCUUGCUUUCAAUUAAGGAGAAUAUCUAGUAGCUCACAUGAAAAAGAGAGAGAGAGAGAGUGGAGGGUUAAAUAUGUAGUGUUAUGUUGUGGAUGAGGAUGCAAGCAAUCCACUUUGAGCACUCACAUAUUAUCAUCUCUUGAAACUUGGUACUUGGGAUGCCAUGCUUUCCCUAUCCUCCUUAAUGCAGCUUUUAUAUGAUGCAAGC